UAAGAACAGGCAGAGAAGAAGCCUGUCUUAUCUCUAAAGGCAGGUCGUUCCACAUAAUGUAAUGUAACAAGAAUGAAUUGUUCUACUUGUUUCACCUAAGCAGAGAAGCUCAGGCCUCCCUCUCUACAGCCAUCUCCUGGCUUGUAACAGGCCAGACACUCCAUACUCCUAAAGAACUUCCCAGAGAAAACUUCGAUUAACACGGUCAAAUGCUAUCUCCCAGUCAAGAAAAAACAUGGAUAAACUCCCAUGCUCCCUCAAAUAUCGUCAAGAAGAUAAAGAGCUGGUCCGGGACAAAAACCGCAUUGUUCCUCCUACAUCCAAGGUUCACAUAACGGACGGACUCUCCACAGACUUUCCCGGGGAGCAUUUUUGAAUAAAGAAAAUAACACGGACAACCCUGUCUUACUUUAUUCAACAUACAAGGAGUACAGCCAUUCUGUGUUAAAUGGCGUCCAUCUAAAUCUCCAGAUGAAGGAAACAUAACAAGUUCUAACUGUUUUACUUACUAACACAAAGUUUUGUGCUAUACUAGACAUUUUAUAUUGAUUACUUAAGUUUAGGUCUUCAGGAACCUGGAAAACAUAAUUGAGAUAAUGCCAUAUUUUUGGGACUGUUUAGACCACUUGGUAUGUAGUGAGUAUUGUUUAAACUCGCGGGCUAUCUGGGUUAAGGUUAGGGUUCGCUAGUUCGGUACUGCUUCUUGUAACUGUUUAACUUAUAGCUAAGUAUGUCAAGGAUCACUACUGCUGUGGUGUACAUCAACUGGUUACUGCAUUCACACCUUCACAUACCUUGGUAUAUAAAAAAUUCCCCUGGUCACCAGUGGGUGAGCAGGCGACCAUAUGCCGUAUGGCUCGAGAGCAGUAGGCCCAGGUGGAGUCUGAUCUGUGGAAUUGUUGCAUGUCUUCCCACUUCACUGCGGCCGGUCUUUAUCCUUCAAGCUUGGGUCUUCUACAUGAGGCCUGGGAGCUUGAGGGUCCUGAUGUCAGAUGUCGCUCCUGGGAUCUGCUGGACACACUCGCCUAGCUUGGGGGUCACUGCACCGAAUGCUUCGAUUACCACUGGGACCACUGCUGCCUUUACCCUCCAUAUCUUCUCGAGCUCUUCUCUGAGCCCUUGGUACUUCUCCAGCUUCUUGUGUUCCUUCUUCCAUGUUGCUGUUUUUCUAUAUCUGACAUAGAAAAAACAUGUUUGAUUUGGCACACAUUUUGACAAAUUCAAAAUUGCACGCGCCAAAUCAUACAUUGGAAACCCUUCCAGAUUCUUGUGUCUUCCCGGCCUUGAACAAGGAAUCUUUCACCUGUGAGGCUAAUGUGUUAGCCACUACACAACGGAGCAAACUGAGUUAAUAAAGACUUUAAAUACCACUGACCUUACCACCUUUGUCAUUUCAACAGAUCCUCAAGAAAUUCCAGUGGGAUGCUCUAGUUUGAAGAAAUGGAAUAUAACAAGGCCAAGGCAAUUUUCACAUUCCAGUACAUUGAAGUUGGUGCUUCUUGGAAUUGAAACUUUUGGAAACAGAAAGUACCACGUCACUGUUCAGAUCAAAACGGGGAACAAACUUUCAAAAGAAAGCCACAUGGGUGACAAACUGAGAUGCUGUGAAUAAAGUCCUGUCUCCGUGAAUAUCAUUUUCAUAAAUUAUACCAAAGUACUAUUCAUGGACGAUACAUACAUGUGUUCAGUGGAAGGGAAUACAACAAACCAGUUGUUAACGAUGAGUUGAAUGAGUGUGAAUGUUGCUUUAAUAAGCCAAUCAGGAAUCAAGAGGAAAUGAGAAGAGAAGAGGAGAGAAGAGAAGCGGAAGAAAGAGGAGAGACAGAAAGAAAAACUGAAUCAAAGACUAUAAGAAUUUCACCAACAAGCUAAAGAGCAGCUUGAAAAAAAAACCUGAGUGCCCACAUCUCAGAUGAAUGUGAGUCACAGUGAGAUGGCUUAAUAGGGCAUCUGGAUGAAUUUGAAGCCAACUAUGAAUCAGGCAGUGACAGUGAUGAGUUUCUUGAAAUCAUCUCGGUGAAAUGCAGUCUCCCACUUUCAAAUCUCAGUCUGAGUCAGCUCACAGCUAAUCAGCUCAGUGAGAUCCUUUCAGUCCAGGAAAAACUUCUGUUUAAAGACAUCCAUCAGCACUCUGCAGCACACUCAGGUGUUCAUCACAGAGCUCUGUGCUCUGUCUCUGGAGAUAUCUGAAGGAGUUUCCCUACAAUGCAUCUCCAAUCACAUGCAGUCCCUUUUGGGAUCCAUCAGCCAAUCAUAAUGUGGAGUUUUUGAGAGUUUCCUCUUGACUCAAGCCCUGUAUCUGAACCUGAUGGUUGGUGGUCCACAGUGAGGCAGAUGGUGCAGUGGUAUAAAGAUGAAGAAACAAAAGGCACGGACACUCUUUUUUAUGAAAUACGCCAGAUGAAAAAUAUUGAUGAACAAAAACUGAGUAAAUCAUACAACAUAGUAACUUAUGUAACAAAGCUGAUCAAAACUGAUUACAUAAAAAACCACACAGAUAUACAGCAGGCUAGGACUCCCAGCAGCAUCCCAGGUGAAAUCAUUCUCUACUGCCGCAGUGACAGAGACAGUUUGAGCAAAAUACACAAGGAGCUGUUUCCCGGUGAUGUCAUUGUUGCCACAAACCUUGCUGGAUGUGGCACAGACAUAAAGGUUUCCACAGAGGUGAACAAUAAUGGAGGAUUAUUUGUUAUCCUCUCCUUACUCUGUGAGAACACAAGAGUGGAACUCCAGGCUUUUGGUCAAACUGCAUGCAAAGGUAAACCUGGAUCUGCUCAGAUAAUCAUCUCCAAUGAACAACUACAGCCAUCUUUCAGCACAGUGUCCUCUCUGGAGAAACUUGUAGCAGAAAAGAUAAAUCACAUGAUGAAUGAUGUUGCUGAGAUGAACCUGUUUUCAGAAUACUGUGAAAAUCUUCAAGGUAUUUAUAAUACCACUCCCAUUGAGGAACUAACAGGCUGUCUUCAAUUUGUAAAAAUGUCCUCUGCAGACUCAACAAACAGUAACCCAAACGGCCUGUAAAAACAGUUAACAACCAAGUGCAUAAUGUAUAGUUACUUUGACAAAAACAUUACUGAGGCUAUCCAAAAUUUGGAUGAAAUAAAAGAGAAAGCGAGGGAUGCAAUGUUCAAAACAAUCCAGAUUUUUAAACUGGUGUCAGACGAGGAAAAAGAUCUCCAAGUUGAAGCCAUGAACGCCCACCAUCGAGGUCUGAAAUGUGUAUUUUCUGUGGUAGAGAAGAAUCGUUUCUCAUGGGAAGGUCUGCUGGUGUUCUUUCUUGGAGUUUUACAGAUUGUUGGAGGAGCACUGCUCACUGUAUUUACAUUUGGCACAUUUGCUCAAGUUGGAUUGGGACUCAUUACAGAGGGAAUAUCAGACUGCAUCACUGGCAUUGAGGCCUUGGUGACAGGAGAAUUCAGCUGGAAUUCAUGGGCUAUAGAAAAUGCCAUUUCCAUUGGUGUCUCUCUUAUUGCGUCAGGAAUUGGAAAGCUGAUAUCAAAUGGAUUCAAAUGUUUUAAAACCCUAUUUAAAUUUGGUAAACAGCUUAAAUCAAUGUCAAUUUUCCUUUCAAGACAGGCUAAAGAUGGCUUCAGUGUAGUCUUAAAGACUAAUUUGAAGAAUGUAGUAAAACAGACAAGUAAAGAAAUGUUAAAAGAAAAAAUCAGCUAUGUACCAGGAAAGACUGAAGGGAAAAUACUGACUCAAACACUAAAUGACACUGAAGAUAAAGGCUCUUUUAUUAUUUUUAAUUUCACUUUAUCUACAUUAGGAGAUCUCAUUAUUCUCUCACAACUUGAUGAUAAAAAGCAACGUCACGAUCUCCUGAAGGACGAGAGCAGGAAGAAUAAACUGUUGGCCAUUUUCAAAGAGGUCAGUACAGCAAUACAGCCAUUCUAUGAAGACCUCAGCUGGAAGAACAUGCUGAAUCCAUUCCUCUCCACAGUGACUGGUAAAGCUAAAUUACAUAGCCACAGAAAAACAACAGCACUUCUGGGAGGUAUCCAAAGUGUCUACAUGGUCUCCAGUCACAUAGUUUCUAUUGUUAAAGGCCAGGCAAAUGGUGCAAUUGGUCGUUACAUAAGAAAGGGCUUAAAGAGUCGCAAAACAGAGGAAAACCUCAAAGCUGGACAGAACACCAGACACAUUGCAUGCAUGCCAAUAAAGCUAAACUCUAAUCACAAACUUGUAGGACAUGCAGGUCAAAACUCACAAUCAUAUGCUGAAAAGUUCAAGAACUCCACGACUGCAGGCACCAUCCUUGAUAUCAGAGUUCUGUCAGAAGCCACUGGCAUUAAAGUUGUCAUCCUAACAGAGGACAGCAAUGGAAGACUUACCAAAAUGCAAGAGCUGAGCCCAGACACUAGACCUGCUAAAAAAACUGUGACAUUAGUCUACAGACCAAAGAGUGUCCAGUAUCCUGAUGGUCAUUAUGAUGUGCACAUGAAUAACCAGACAAUGAGCAUAGAAAGUAAGGGAAAGAGCUGCUUGUUUCAUGCUUUGGCACGGGGAAUGAAACCACAAGCCAGUGAAGAAGAGAUCACUGUGGAAGCAAAUCGCCUCCAAUCUGUGGAGGCUGAUGCUCUCCUCGGUUACCCAGGCCAAUUGGAGCCUUUCAUCAACCGGAAAGAAUUAACUAAAGCAAUGAGGGGAGGGGAAGAGGAAAGUGAACCAAGAAAGAUCAUAAAUGAAUGCAAAGAGGUACUUCAGAGAGAGGUUGGAAAAGUAGAGUUAUACAAAAACUGGCAUAAAUAUGCAAUUCAAAAUCCAGGACUUGGAAAGUUCAUCAAUGCAGAUCACCAGCCACCAGUCAGUAGUAUAUUGAAGGCCCAUAAACAGAACCAGAAUAGCAGAUUAGCAGAGGCCAUGCUUGAAGUGGCAACAAACUCGUCUCCUCUGAAUCGAAGUCUGAUUUCUAAAGUGGACAGUUCUCAUGGCCGGGAACUUCCAACUGUUUAUGUACCUACAGAAGUCCAUCGUGAAUUUCCCAGUACAAAAUCACCAGCCUUCAGAGACCUCUUGGCAGCAGCCAUAAGUAAUAAUGUUAUAAAGAGCACCUUCAAGCUGACAAUCCUUGGUUCAAUGCCAAGAUUCUGGUUGGAUCAUAAUAAGGACUUCAAAAAUUUUCAGAACAACUCAAUGAGUAACACCAGGCUUGAAAUUUUUGAAAACAGCUUUCAGAAACACAGCACAGAGAUGGUAAAGACAUGGUUUUCUCUGCUUCAAAUCAAAGGUGUUAUAACAGAUGAUGAUCUAAAAACAAUUACAGAUUGGAUUGGCAAAUCAGACUACAAUGAUCAAAAUGAGCCAUACAGAAACGAAGUCACCAACCUUCUCAGAACAAAAGGUAUAAUCACAUUUAAAAAGGACAUUUAAAUAAAUCACGUAUACAUAACUUAUGUGUGAUUCUUAAUAAAAGGGAAUGGAGCUGCUUAGAGUGGCAUUCAUUUGAGUGGAUUUGUGUUUUCAGUUUGUGAGGUUUGAGAAUGUGACUUACAAGCAGAUCACACAGGACACUAUGAAGAUCUUCCACCUGGCUGAUCAUCAUCAAUAGAGCUCUCUGUGUCGUGACUAAUAACGACUAUUUUCCUAUUCAGGAUGGUCAAAACAGAAAAACAUCCUAACUGCUUGUUUAGCCAUACUAGCAUAACUUCAAUAGUAAAUUGACUGGUUUUUUUUAACUGUUUGUAUUUUGUUUAUUUUUGAUGUUUUAAUAAUUUUGUAAUAUGGCACAUUAUGUGGAUAUGAAACAAUUUUGAAUGUUGUUCGAAUUAUGUAAAAAAGCUCAUGGUUUUUAAACUCAGAAACAUAACAUUUUUUGUAUGGUGAUAUAAGAUUUUAUAUUUUUAAAAAUAAUCAAAACCAAUGCUGAUAGUUACCAACUUUUGACUCAUGUUCAAUUAUAUGAGCAGCUGAAAUUGAUCACAUAUGUUCUCACUCCCCAGCCAGAGCAUAAAGAGCACAUAAAAAGCAAUGUGUUUCUUAGAGAACAUUAACAAUCACUCUCAUAGGCUUCUGAAUUCAUGAACUUUACAGAGUACCUGAGUGACCUCUAGUGUUCAGAAAGGCAAAACACACAUCUCUUGCAUUUAGAUCUAAGGAUGCCUAUUUAUCAUUCUUUUCUGGUGGCAGCUGGUGGAAUUAUUCUGCAAGAGCUAGACAGAGGGAGCUAAUAAAAUGCUAACUUUGAAUCAUAAAAGCCAGAAAGAUGUACAGUGAAAGAAUUAGUAACAUAAUUAUAGCAUGUAGCUAUAAAUGAAGCUGGGACAUUAUGUAAAUAUAGAUAUUGAUAUAAUGCAGGUAAAUAAUGUAAUGAUUAAUUAUGUAAUACAAGGAAAAAUAUGUGUAUUACAGGUUAAAUGUUGAGCUGUCCCUCUGCAGUGGAUGAUUUGUUGGAAGGCUGCUGAUUAGCUGGAGAGACUGAUGUGGGGUUUAUGAGACAGACCUCAGAAAACACCACACAGUUUGGAUGAUGGGAAGCAUUUUAGCAAAGAUAACUUUACUUGGUGAAUUUUUCAACCAUAAAGUAUUCUUGCUCUCUUCAAAUUCACCAUGUUGCACCCACUUGAUGUGUAUGUAUUACUGGCUGGUUUACAUGAAUGAACUGUAACUCUCUGUGGGUGAUGCAAACCAUUGCUAUGGGUUACUUGUUGCAGGUCAAGCUGCCUCAUUUCCUGUUGGGUUUUUUCAUCAGAGAGAAGACAAAUAUGCUCAAAGUGUAUUUUCUUAAAUGUAUUAAUCAGUUCAAGGUUCA